AUGGCCGGCGGACCCAAGGAAUGUUUGCCUUUGAUUGGAUUCAGUCUUAUCUGUCUUAAAAUGGUUGCUUCAGCAAAUACAGCUCCCAAAAUACCCACUAUUGAUCAGGCAUAUUCAAAAAUAAGCAACAGCAUCACUGUGGAAUGGGCCACAGUGCCAGGGGCCACCAGUUAUCUCCUCACUGCUGAAGAUGGUGACACUGUCAUUGAAACCAUGGUGGCCAAUUCCCCAGGCACUGUGACAGGCCUGAAGGCUGCGACUUUGUACCACAUCACCGUCAGAUCUAUCAGCGCCACUGGGAGAAGCCAAGCAUCGCUUCCGAAGCAGGCAAAGACGGUGUUGGCUGCACCAAUUCUAGAAGUAAGCUCUCCAAGCCCAGACUCUAUUCUUGUGCAGUGGGAAGCUGUCUAUAUGGCAACUGGAUUCUCUGUGUCCAUUAUGCGAGCCAAUGGUUUGGGUAGAAUAUGGAAAGAGAAUACCACAAACACCUCCUUGACGUUCAAUAGGUUAGACGCUGGGACUCUCUACACCAUAAAGGCCUAUGCGUGGAACGCCAAUGGAACCCCUGGGGACGACUCCACCUGCAAUCAGAGAACAAGUCCUCGUGCCCCUGCCAACAUUCAAGUCUCUUUUGACAGUGGGGCUCUGAAGGCCUCUGUUUCCUGGGCCCCAACGGAAGGAGCUUUCAACUAUACCGUGAUGGCUUUGAGUGACUCUUCAGAGCUGAGCUGUAGCACGACUCUCAAUGCCUGUACCAUCUCAUCCCUGCAGUGUGGGACUGAGUACCUGAUUUCAGUUUUAGCAAGUAACGAUGCUGGGUCUAGCAAGUCAACCUCUUCGGAGGCCCUGAAAACUGUUGCUUGUGCACCUGGAAGAGUGACCAUCCAAGAAGACCCUCCAGGCCACCUGUCUGUGGCUUGGUCCAGUGCAGAUCUGGGUGAUUACUAUGUGGCCUUUGUGAAGAGUGAUGAUGGCUUGGAAGUCCGCUGCAACACGUCCCUCACCCAGUGCAAUCUCUUAUCUGAAUGUGGCUUCACGUACUUUAUCAGUGUUUUUGCCUAUAACAAGGCAGGGCAGAGUCCGCUGGGUGAUGUGUUCAAUUAUACCACAGCCCCCUGUUGUCCUAGCGACAUUAACCCUGUGUUGGUCUCCAGUGACAGAGUAGAGAUUGUCUGGUCUCCUGUCCGUGGUGCCGAACUUUAUGAAACCAAGGCUGUCGAUGGGUUCAACGUGGUUGAGUGCAAUGACACCGCUCCUGCUUGUACCCUCUCUGCUCUAGAGUGUGACACCAAGUACAACAUCACAGUGUAUUCCUUCAGCGAAGUCCGGGGCAGCAAUACGUCAUGUACUUCCCGAUUUGUAACCACAGCUCCUUGCAGUCCCGAAAUAAAAAACAUUUCGAAGGAUGCAUUCUCCAUGAUUCACGUGCACUGGCGAUCCACUAAUGACGAUGCCACUUACACGGUGACGGCCCAGGGGGAGGAAGGGCUGUACCGGUGCAGCAGCGAGGGAGAGUCCUGCGCCAUGGGCGGCUUGCCCUGCGGCUCCAUGUUCUCCGUCACCGCCGUGGCUGAAACACAGGCAGGCCGGAGCCUGCCCAGCUUCAGUGUGCCCCUGGAAACAGUGCCGUGCUGUCCAGCUAGUCUGACAGUAACUCAGGUCACCCAAUCAGUAAUCAACGUGAGCUGGACUGUUGGGACCGGGGCUCAAACCUAUGUGGCAGUUCUGGAGUCACACACGGGACAGUCUAAGUGUCUCACCCAUCAAAACCAAUGCCUCCUGGGAUGUAUCACAUGUGGCAUCAAUUACACAGUGGCGUUAAAAGCGAUUAGUGCCACUGGAUUGACUGCAGACUGCGCCUACCAAAGUUAUUCCUCUGGUGCCUGCUGCCCUUUGGGAGUGAAAUUAUAUAGGCUGGGCCCUAACGGCAUCCGAAUCUACUGGCAAGCCUCCAGGGGCUCUACCAAUUACAGCACGGACCUCUACGGUUCUAAAGGCAUUUUCACAUGUGCCCCAAGCGCUGGCCUCAGUUUUUGUGAUAUCACUGAGAUACCCUGUGGGGAUGUGUAUACCGUGAUGGUCUCACCAGUUGCUGAGACAGGACUGAAGCUUACUUUCUGUCCAAAAAAAAUAUAUUCAGUAACCUGCUCUGGGAGUUCACUUGGAAUGGUGAUUUACCGAGGGAAAAGAAAUGCAAAAUGACACACUGAGCCACAGACAAAAACAGAGGCUGGACCUAUGGACUCAAUUGUUAGUGUGAUUAGAGGUGGAAAAGCUCUAUUAGAAUACAAAAAUAUAUCUAGGAUAUGAUAAGCUCCUUUGGCCUUUAGAAGACAACUCAGACUCCACUUACUGAAGGCAAGCAAGGUCAGGUGUGUCCUCACCUGUGCAGGAGUUCAAGCUCUGCUGUGGAGAGGGCUCAGCCGAGAAAUGAAUCCAGAAAGUCCUCUGGAAGACUGCCAGCGUGAGCUAGCACACUGGGAAAGUUCUGAAAACGUGAAAGGUCUGCUUACCAGAAACUGUUUCUGAGAUUUCACAUCCAAACACCACACAGACUUCAACGCAUCCACGUCACAGGUAUUUCAUGGACACUCUUGCCGUGUAGCCUCCUCUUUCUCUCUAUUCAAACGCUGCAAAUGUUCACUUCCUGGAGAGCUUGAAAUCAAGUGCUUAAGACAGACCUCCAGCAGGACCUUGGCAUAGUGUGGAGAGCAGCAGCUACCAGAGCAACCUGGAGGAACAAACACCCUGAUCUCAAGUUAGGAGGAAGCCAAGUUGCUGGUAGUGUUCGCCAAGACAGAGCGUCGUGUGAUGUCACCUCUGCGUGAGCAUCUGAGAAAGCAGAGCUGCCGGCCUGUUUCUAGAAGGAUUGCAGUCAUGGCUUUGAGUGAGCAAAGACUUCAAGGGCAGACUGGCCAAGGCAAAGGCUUACACUGUGCAGACUGACAUCCAUGCAUCUCUCACGGGGAGGCCCAUCCGUCUUGCUGGUGGUAUCCCCCACUCACACUGUGCUAUUUUCACCUUUGGAGAGGAAAGACAAUGAUAUACAAUAAAAAUCUGUUGU